AUUAUUCUCCUGACCUCAUUCUUUCCUCCUGCGCAGCCUUCGCUUGCGAUAUCGAAUCAAUUCAAGCCAACUGCUCCCGUCAACGAAGCAGAAAAACCCACACCCCAUCACAACACCAUGGGCGAACCCAACGGCUCCCACACUCCGAUGGUGGAACUUUCUAAUGCCGCAACCUCACAGGUCCGACCUGGAGGGGCCCCAGCUCGAGAAUACUUGAACGAGAAGAUUGUACCAUAUCUACUGGAAGGGAUGAAAGCUGUCGCGAAAGACCAGCCGGCUAAUCCAUUGCGUGUACUUGGGGAUUUCUUGAUCCAGAAGAGCAAUGAGGUGGAAGGCGAUGUCGAGAAGGAAGAGUAG